AUGGCUAAUAAUUCUAUAUUUGAUUUCUCUGCUGAGAAUCUGGAUGGACAGCUGGUUCCGCUCAGUACCUUCAGGGGCAAGGUGCUUCUGAUCGUCAACGUUGCCACCUUCUGAGGGUCAACAAUAGAGGAGUACCACCGACUGAAUGCACUGAUGGAAAUGUUUGGUGACCUCAACUUCACCGUCCUCGGAUUCUCCUGUAACCAAUUUGGUCUUCAGGCACCUGAGCUGAAUCAUGAAACCUUAAAUAUUCUGAAGUAUGUCAGACCUGGUUCAGGGUUCGUGCCAAAGUUUCCUGUCUUUAGUAAGGUUGAGGUGAAUGGAUUAAAUGAAGAGCGGCUUUUCACCUAUCUAAAGGAAUCUUUGCCAUUUGUGAACCCUGUUAUUGGAGAUUUAAAGAAAUUCUACUGGUCCCCAAUUAAGGUUAAUGAUAUUCGGUGGAAUUUUGAGAAGUUCCUAAUUGCUGCAAAUGGCAUGCCCUUCAAAAGGUAUGACCUUCACUGUCCCAUUGAGAAAGUGGAGAAGGACAUUGCAGACCUUCUCUGA